AUGGCAUCCCUGAUCACUCUCGAUAGCCCCGAAUACUAUGGGAUUGCCUGGAUCGCUGCUCUUCCCAUCGAGCGGGCCGCUGCAGAAGCGAUUUUAGAUGAGGAACAUGCAGCUCCAACCGGCUUCACUAGACACCAAACCGACGCGAACAUCUACACGUGGGGUCGCGUGGGAGAGCACAACAUCGUUAUCGCCUCUCUAGCUUCUGGAGUCUACGGAAUCGCCUCAGCUGCGAAUACCGCCUCGAGCCUGCUUGCCUCUUUGCCAUCUAUUCGUGUUGGUUUUAUGGUUGGCAUAGGCGGCGGUAUCGCUCGACCGGACGAGGACCACGAUAUCCGGCUGGGUGACGUUGUCGUCAGCCAGCCCUCCGGGACCACGGGCGGUGUCUGCCAGUACGACUUGACCAAGGCAAAGUCUGGUGAUAAGCGUGAUCGUAUAGGCUUCCUCGGACGGCCUCCGCUGGUCCUACUCAAUGCGCUUAGCAGAAUCCAGGCCUACCACGAGCGGAAAGACUCCAAGAUUCCCUGCUUCCUUAAAGAAAUGCUGGAGAAGAAUCCGAAGAUGGGCAAGAGAUCUAAGCAAAACCCUGGCUAUGCUCACCAGGGCUUCGACAACGACCGCCUCUUUAAAGCUUCAUAUGACCAUAUCCCCGGCCCAGACUGUCGGGACUGUGACACUGCUGAUGAGGUUGAACGCGAUACUCGAGACUAUACAUAUCCUGAUAUCCACUAUGGGACGAUCGCAUCCGGCAACACACUCGUCAAAGACGCUGCCGUUCGCGAUCGUAUUGUGGCUGACAUCGGCGAGGAUUGCAUCUGCUUUGAGAUGGAAGCAGCUGGCCUGAUGAACCACUUUCCCUGUCUUGUGAUACGAGGGAUCUGCGACUAUGCUGACUCUCACAAGAAUGAUCGAUGGCAACGCUAUGCCUCGGCGACCGCCGCUGCGUAUACCAAGGAGCUUCUGGCGUAUGUGCCGGCCGCAGAGGUCCAAGAAACCAAGAGGGUACAAGAAGUGCUUCAAUUAGUUCAACGACAGAUUGAUGGUGUACAGCAGACGACACUUGCGACGAAAGCUACAACUGAUUCCAUGAGGUCUGAUCUUUAUACCGAUAUGAUCAGGCGCUGGCUUUGUCCAGCGGAUCCAUCUACAAAUGCCAACCACGCGAGGACGCUCCGCCUUGAGGGGACAGGCGCGUGGCUACUAAAACAUCCUAUCUUCGAAUCAUGGCACUCAGGGUUACGUCGAUAUUUAUGGCUGUACGGACUUGCAGGAUGUGGAAAGACGGUUCUUAGUGCGACCGUGCUUGAUCAUCUUGCGAGGAGAAACGACAAUUUAAUCCUCAGCUUCUUCUUUGACUUUAGCGAUACCGCAAAGCAGACAUUCGAUGACAUGCUACGGUCGCUUGCUUUUCAACUUUACAAAGACGGGAUUGGAUCUGCUAACUAUCUUGAUGCUUUAUAUAAAGCACACAAGAAUGGCAGCGGCCAACCUACGACAAACGCGCUCUCAGACACUGUUUUCAAGAUGCUUAUGGCCAAAAGAAAGGUUUCUAUUGUUCUAGACGCAUUGGAUGAAUCAACAACAAGGGAAGAUAUCCUUCGGUGGAUUAAGGACGUGAUGUCUAAGUCAGACUUGGUUCAUAUCCAGCUACUUUAUACUAGUCGACCUGAGUCCGAGUUUCAGCGCUAUAUUCCUUCUUUAAUAGGAGAGGAAAACUGCCUACCACUUGAGAAGCAGGCUGUCAACUCUGAUAUCCGAUCGUGGGUAGCAGCACAGCUUUCUCAACGGCGGGAUUUUACAGAGAAGCUCUUGUCCCAGGAUAUCCUCGAGGGGAUCCGGAGGAAAAUUGGCGAAGGGGCCGACGGGAUGUGGGCGUUCUGUCAAUUGGACAGUCUGGCUCGAUGUCAUCACGAGGCAGCUAUAGAGGAGGCUCUCGUAUCUUUGCCGCCAAAUCUGAAUGAGACAUAUCGGCGUAUGAUUACAAAUAUACCGACGGAGCUAAAAAGUGACGCGAUACGGCUCCUACAAUUCCUAGUGCACUCUAAGCGACCUCUCAAGCUGGCCGAGGCUAAAGAAGUGAUAGCGACGAAUAUCAAAAAUGAGCCGCGAGGUUUUGAUAUCAAGCGUCGAGUGUUUUGCGAUAUUAAUAUUAUAGCUUACUGUCCCAGCUUAGUGACAGUCGUUCAGGCUACCGAUAAAGAGCUACAUCUUGCCCAUUUUUCCGUAAAAGAGUAUCUUCUCAAGGAGGAUCAAUUCGACAUAACGAUUGCCAGUAUCUCUAUUACGAGGACGUGCUUGACUUAUCUUACGGAUAUCACAGGUAGUAACAUCGAGAUCAAGCAAUGUUUUCCAAUGGCACAGUACGCGGCAGAACUUUUGGCAGGCCAUGCUUCAUUGGCCGAGGUUUCUGAAGAUUUAGUUCGGAUAACAGUCCAAUUCCUAGAAAAGGAAGCAACAUUCCAACGUUGGGGUCGUCUGUAUCAGGCUGAUAGGAGUCGGGAGAAUGACCCCGGUCCUCCGCGAGGAUCUAGGCUCUACUAUGCUUGCUUCGUCGGGCUCUUGGCAUCAGCACGAGUGUUUAUUGGUAAAGGAGCGGAUAUCAACGCGCAGGGUGGCCGCUACGGCCACGCUCUCCAGGCCGCCUCCUUUCAAGGCGAUCAAGAGAUUGUCAAACUCCUCUUAGACAAAGGAGCGGAUAUCAACGCGCAGGGUGGCGACUACGGCCACGCUCUCCAGGCCGCGUCCUCUAGAGGUUAUCAAGAGAUUGUUAAACUUCUCUUAGACAGAGGAGCGGAUAUCAACGCGCAGGGUGGUUUCUACGGUAACGCUCUCCAGGCCGCGUCCUUUCACGGUUAUCAAAAGAUUGUCAAACUCCUCUUAGACAGAGGAGCGGAUAUCAACGCGCAGGGUGGUUUCUACGGUAACGCUCUCCAGGCCGCGUCCUUUCACGGCCAUCAAGAGAUUGUCAAACUCCUCUUAGACAGAGGAGCGGAUAUCAACGCGCAGGGUGGCGACUACGGCCACGCUCUCCAGGCUGCCUCCUCUCAAGGUCAUCAAGAGAUUAUCAGACUCCUCUUAGACAGAGGAGCGGAUAUCUACGCGCAGGGUGGCAACUACGGUAACGUCUCCUGCACCCCAAAAAUCUCCAUUUGCCCCCCCAUUAGAUAA